AUGGAGCAGAUAAAGUACGGGAAUCAACCGACCGUACCGGUAAAAGAUGCUGGCCGGUCCCUUGGAAAGCAGCGGCUCACCAGAACGAUGAAAACGAUCAAGAAGGGCAAGGCGAAGGUGACGCCGAACGGUAAGCCGAAAGCAUCGUUCAACACGCUGCGCCUGUUUCGGCGCAGUUUCAUCUUUCAAACGAAGGAGUUCUUCGACAACUCAACCCUGCACGGUGUGCGGUACAUUGCCGAGGAGGGCCGCCCAUUUUUCGAGCGGUUCAUGUGGUUUUGCUUCGUUGCGUUCGGGUUCAUCGCGGCGGUAGUGAUCAUCUUCAGUCUGUGGGAAAAGUUUCAAACCAAUCCGACGAUUACCGGGCUGGAUACGGACUUUCACAACCAGCAGGUGAUCUUUCCGACCGUGCUGGUGUGUCCGACGGCACCGUACGAUGAGGAGGCGGUACGGACGGAAGCGUACCAGAAUCUUGGCAGGUACGACCAGGGCAGCGAGGUGUACGAACCGUUCCUGAAGCUGCUAACCCAGCUGUCGUACGAUAAUAUACGGGAGGUGGCGGCCAUGCUGAGCGAUAUGCCCAGCACACCGGCAGUGCAUACGUCUAACCUGAGGGAGAUAGUGUUCCGGGUGGCGGUGCGGUGUAACGAUACGUUCGCGGCCUGCCGCUACAAGGACGAGGACAUUGAGUGCUGCGAGAUGUUCAAGCCAAUGUACACGGAGCACGGGUUCUGUUAUGCGUUCAACGCACGCUACACCAAUAACAAGCAGGUGGAAAUUCUCAACACCGAGGUGUACGUGCUGUUCGAGACGGACAAGAAGUGGGCCCUAACGUUCGAGCCGCUGCGCGAGAGCAACAUUUUCGUCCACUCGUACAACGAAAUUUCCGGCUGGGACUUUCAGCCCCAGGUCAUGUGGGACAUCGAUUCGAAGGUAGAGUUUCUGAUCUCGAUGAAGCAAACGUACACGACCGAGGACGCCCAGCAGCUGUCGAUCGGGCAGCGAAAAUGUAUCUUUCCGGAGGAGGAAAAGCUCCAAUAUUACCAGGACGCGUACACCUUUUCCGGCUGCAUGAAGGAGUGCCGGAUUGCGAAAAGUUUGAAGUACUGCAAGUGCGUACCACCGUUCUACGCACCGGUACGCUCGAUACCGAUGUGUACGUCACUCAACUUCCAGUGUUUGAGCGAGUACACGGAAAACAUUACCAGCAUCUACAGCUGUCAGGAUUGUGAGCUUGGCUGUCUCAACACGGUGUACGACAUUGAGAAGUACUCGAAGAUUAUGAAGACGGAAGAAGAGCAACAGGAGGCUCAGGUCACGAUCGAGUACCUUACCUGGCCGAUCAUCCGCUACAAGCGCGAGGUACUGUUCGGGUGGGUCGAUCUGCUCGUAUCGUUCGGUGGCAUAGCGGGACUGUUCCUAGGCUUCAGUCUACUGUCCGGUGUGGAGUUUCUCUACUUCUUCACGAUGCGUGCCUUCUGCAUGCUGUACAAGAAUCGCGACGAGCUGGAAGCGAUCGAGAAGGAGCAGAUAAUCAAAUCGAUGAGCCGCCACGAGCUAGGCCUUAAGCCGAUCGUUGCACCAGCAACACCGACCGUGCCGGUGUACGAUACGCUGCAGGUGCCACCGUCGGCCGAUAAGCAGCAGGUGUUUGUGAAGCUCAUUACCAACGAUUACAAGACAGCCGAACAGUACUUCACCGCGGACGCAUCCUACCCGGGCCUGAACCGGAACAGGCUUAACCAGCUGCACGGACAAAGCCACCAGAAGCACAAUCUGUUUCAGCUCGGACAUGGCAACUACGGAACCCACAAUGGCAAGUAUGCGGAGCGUAAAUCGCUACCGAAUGGUGACGGUGGCAACUACAUCUACGAUGGAUACUUACCAUAA